CAACGACCAGCAAGAAGGGAGAUGAACAGUGCGAUGCUGUCGCGUGGCAGUGGUGGUGGUGGUGGGAGGUACAGGAAGGUGGUGGACCCCAUCAACCCGUUCAAUGACGAUGCGUCCUUCGACCGGCUGCCGGGGUACAUGUUCCUGCUCGGGCCCAUCAUCUGCGUCGUCAUCACGCUGUCGGCGCUCGCCCACCUGUGGUAUGCGGCAGUACUUCAUCCGUUCGUUGCCGUCACCGCGGAGGAACGCGAGACCAACAUCCACGCGUCCAUGGUGGCCACCAUCUUCGUCGUGCUGCAGUCGUGGGCCAUCUACGCCACGUACACGGCCAGGAUCAUCCCGCUGCCGGCGGAGAGCUCGCUGUACAGCGGCACCAAGUCCCUGACAGACCUGCGAAACACGGACAUCAUCACGCUCGAGUCCGUGGCCACGUACUGCAAGCACUGUAACCGGUACCGGCCCGUGUCUGCGCACCACUGCAGGCUGUGCAAAGGGUGCUCGCUGGACUUUGACCACCACUGCCCGGCGCUCGGGAACUGCAUUGGCCUUCACAACUACAAGCAGUUUCUCCUCGUCAUCAUCUACAGCUGGCUCGCCGUCCUCCUCGCCUUUCUCGUCCUGCUCAGUAUGGGGCACGUCGGCACCGUCAUCGGAACCAUCUUCCCGAUGACAACAUCCCUACAAGCCAUGGCAGAGCGACAGCUGCGGCAACCAUCCUUCUUUGAGCUCAUCUUCUUUGCCUGGGGCGUCUUCCUCUCUGCAUCGACGUCCGUGGCGUUCCUCAUGUUUGUUGGCAUUCACUGCCGUCUCAUCAUGCAGGGCAAGACCACACUGCAGAUGCUCGUGGGAGAGAAGGACGUGCGACACAAGGCGCCCAUGUCUUACGAUGAAGAGAUGGAGGCGAAGAUGACGCCAUUUGAGAGAAUACAACUCGUCUUUGGGCGCGACCUGUGGCAGAUGGGAUUGCCCAUCGUGCGUGCGUCAGACCUCCGUUACCGCUUCCAACGCUCCAUCCGCCCGCUGGAAGUCCGUGAACCGCCAUCCCGUAUCGUGUAGUCGGUGGUUGUGAACCACGUCGCCCAGCACCACACCGCUAUCCCGUGAUGAAGCGUGGCAUGUUGUCCAUUGCUUGAACCUUUUGUUUGUCAUCCAUAUCUGUCACGCCAUCACAUUGCCGCUCUUGUUGUAUGCGUGCUCGCCUGCGUUAUCAUUGUCCCAUCUCUCUUUUCGAGUGGCUUGCACCUGCUUGGCUUUCGUUUUCGCUUUACAUGUGUACAUAACAACUGCACCCCCGUGCGUCGAGCGGUGAGAGAAAGAAUUGAACAAAGAAUCAGAGGGAG